AUGCACUGGCUUCCCCUGGUUGCCAUGGUGAUUGCCUCGGCCCUGCCCUUCCCUCACAACCCCGUGUCCAGGAUCGCUGCCGUGACGAAAGAGCGCAGAGUGGACCGUCAUGAGCCGUCCGCUCGCCUCGCAGCUCCCGCCGAGCCCCCUGUGGACUACAACUUCCCUGGAAAUGCCUCACAAAUGGACUACAACAUGACCGCUGCUCUUAGCCAACAAACCAACACACAAAACCUCCAGAACCGUAAGGAUUACGUCAAAUCCACCGCAGAUGAAGAGACCUCCACGUUCAAAGUGGGGAAUCAAGGAACCUACCAGUCAAAUAGCAACUCAGGCAGCAAUGACAAACACAGUGACAGUUUAGAUGUUCCCACAGAAGCAGGAACACUCAGGACCGAGGAUAUGUCUGAGGAUAAUUCUCUACCAAAGGACUACAAAGUUGAAAGCAGCAGCCGACAAGAUUACUUAAGUUUUGCAGACUUUUCCAAGAGGGAUGAUCAGGACGCUACAGAAAGACCGUUGGAGGUUUCUGCAGUGGAAACACAAAGUACUGUCGGUCCUAAUGCUAAACUAAAGGCUGAGAGAGGACCAGAACCAACUGUCCCUUCGGUGCAGAAGAGCGACGCACCGACAGUUGGAACGGCGAACCAGAGGACACCGGGGGCUCGGAGAAGCCCGGCUGAGGAGGGUCUGACCCUGGGGGCGGGGCUGGGUCUAGGAACCGGGUUGGACAAUAUCUUUGAAGGCGACGAGAUGUUUCUGGACGUGCAUCCUCGAGUCCUGUUCUCACCCUCUCCGUCACCCCCGGAACACCCUCCUCUCCUCCUCAUGCUGGAGACCGGCAUGCUGGAGGAGGACGGGAACGGAGAGGAGCAGGAGGACAUGGACGGACACAUCGAGGGGCACGGGGACCGGGCGAUCGACAGGAGCAGCACGACCCUGAGUUGGACAGACUCGUUGAGGGUUACGAGUGAAGCCGCUCGUCCUGUCAAAAGGGAUAAACGCUCGCACUUGAUGGACAGGAGGAGGGGGGAGAAGUCGGUGUGCGAGGCGGAAAGCGGCUGGGUCAUCAACAAGACGACGGCCAUCGACUCGCACAAUCAGAGAGUCACCAUCUUGCAGCAAAUCCAGACCCAGACGGGACCGCUCAGACAGUACUUCUACGAGACUCGGUGCCGCCAAGCCGAACAGCAGCAGAGCAACGGCAGGUCGCAGGGGUCGAGGGGAGCCGCGGCGCAAGCGAGAUCCAUCGGGGUGGGCGUAGCCGGGGCGGGAUGCUUGGGCGUGGAUAAAAAACAGUGGAUGAGCGAGUGCAAAGCCAAGCAGUCGUACGUCCGAGCACUCACCAAAGACGAGAACAACAGGACGGGAUGGAGGUGGAUCCGCAUCGACUCGUCCUGCGUCUGCGUGCUGCUGUCCAGAGCGAAUCAGACAUUGGGGAGGGAGGUCUUGACGAGGAAGGGGAGAGACUGA